CUAUUAAAAUCACCUUAGUUUUCAUCAUAGUUUUAUAUAGCGUUUAUUCCUAAACGCUGUUAAUUAAGUGCUAUCAAUUAAAGUGGUUAUAUAUAAUAAAUAAAUAAUAAAAAAAGUAUUCCUAUUUCUUAGCCUAAUUUCCCACCAAACUACUAGUAUUAGAAUACUAGUCUACUACUCACAAUUACCCACGACUUCACUGCUCCUUCCACUUCACAAUUUUUUUUAUUUUAUUUUUUGUUUUGCCGCUAGAAACUACAGCCCUCAAUCCCAAUUUCCCCAAAUUGAGUUCCCUUCAAUCCAAAUCCAAAUCCCAGUUUCCCUAAAUUAAUUAAAGAGUUCCCUUCAGUCCAAUAAAUUGUUGAGCAAUUCCUCUUCUCCGGCAAAUUGUGGGCAGUUGAGCAAUUCUUCUAUUUCUGCAAAUUGAGCACUUCAUUGUCCUCUCAAAUGGUGUUUGCGGGCUUCGUUGAUUGAAAUUAUCAAUUGGAAUAAUUGCAUGCCAGUUAGCUUUAUCAGAUCCGAGUUAUAGAGUGGUAGCUACUGGAAAGAUGCACAAUGUUAACAAUGGUUCUAUGGUACAUAAUAAAUCAUUACCAUCGGGUUACAUGCGAGUUGCAAUAGAUUAUACAACUGAGGAGCAUACACCUUUGCACGUCCCUCUCGAUGAUGGUGAAGCAUUCGUCCUUAAAGAUGCCAUAAACACAAUCGUAUUGUGGCCCACACAUCUCAUUAUUACAGAUGUUCCGUGUUCACAGGGUCAUAAAAGUUCUUCAGAUCCCAAAGCUAAGAAGACCAAAGCUUCUCCAUUGAAUACCAUAUUAAGAAAUGAUGAACCUUCUCAUGCAUCAUCUGAAUAUCAACCACAAAAGUUGGAUGACAAUAUUGAAACAAUCCCAUUCCCGGACACCCUUCCGGCUGAUCUUCAAAUAAUGCACAAGUACACUUUGAAGAUGGCUCAGAAAGAACAAAUUCACAUCCUUAUUGACAUGGGAAUUCCUGGUGUCUGUCAUGUCGUAAAUCACAUGUCGUUAUUGCAUCGCCGUUGCCAAAUGCUUGGUUUAGUGGGUUUAUUUGGCUUUUUAUGUCCAAGUGGGAUAUCUCCCGUAGCACAAUUUAAGAAGGGAGAGAUAAAGAAAGUUGAAGAGGAUCAAAGAGCUCGUUCUGAAUACAUCAAGAAUACAUUAUUUAACGUUGAGGCAACUAAAGGAAGGGUCUUCCUAGCACCGUAUAAUGUUGGGAUUCAUUGGGUGUUGUGUGUUAUUGAUCCGUAUAAUGACAUCGUAUAUUUUCUGGAUCCUCUACACAAUGAAAAUAACAAAGGCACAGGAAAUGGAAUUGGAGAUGAUUUGCGUUCAAUUGUCGACAGAGCACUCUUUGGUUUUCGAAGUGAAAAAGGAUUGUUAAAGAAGAUUAAAAUGAGCACCAAGUGGGUGCAGAUACAAUGCCCACGACAAAAUAAUGGCGUUGAUUGUGGAUAUUACGUUAUGAGAUUUAUGAAAGAGAUCAUUGACCAUAAGCAAACCCAAAUUUUUGAAGAUUACUUUCAUGAUUGCAAUGUCUCUAAGAUCACUCUCAAUGGUGAGCAAAAAAAUGCCCACUCACUAUCUCUCUACCCACUUUCUCUCUCAACAAAUCUGUUUUGCCCAUGGGCAAAAAAAUUUCACAAUUUCUCUCCCAAUGGUGAGUAAAAAAAAUGCUUGCCCACUACUCUCUUUCUCUUACUUUUUCAA